AUGGCAACGGAAAACAAAAAGCACGUGUGCUGGAAGUUCGACUUCCCGCAUCCUGGUGAAUGCGCGAAAUUGACGCAGUACUUCGUGGUGAACAACAUCACUGACGAAAAAAUUCAACAGGCUCUACUGAUAAAUUGUUGUACCGAAGAAACAUACAAGUUGCUGUGGAAUCUAUGUGUUCCGGAAGAUCCAACUAAGAAAACCUUCAGGGAGUUGAUUACACUUUUUGACAAGCAUUUUGUCCCCCCCAAGUUACAUUUACCAGAGAGGUAUAAGUUUUAUCAUGCAGUGCGAGGAAGAGACGAAGAAAUAGUCGAUUGGGCGUCGCGAAUACGACAUUUGGCGUCAAAGUGCAAGUUCGGAGCGGAACUACAAGUGGUACUGAGAGAUCGCUUUAUCAUGGGGCUUGCCGAAGGAGUUAUUUUAGAUCGCUUAUUGGAGGAAGAUGUGAGUAACCUCACUUUUCAACAAAGCGUCGAUAUUGCGGUCAGGUCCAGGAAGAAGGAAGAGGCUGAAAUGUUCCAGUUGUCUCAUCAGAAAACUUGGAGGGAGUCAAAAAGUUUAAGAAGAGGCAACGGUCGUGUGACAGGAAAGGAGAAAUUUGGGGCUACUUCCCAAAAGCUAGCAGCCAAGUCUGGAUCGCAGUUAUGGUGUAAGGUUUGCGGUAAAAAGGGACACCAUGUCACAGCGGUUUGCUCAAGCUCAAAGAAAGGUGGCAGGGCAAGUCAUAAUUUUUUGUCGACGGAGGCAGAGGAAACCAUGUUCAGGGUGCAGACGAACGAGGUCAGGUACGCGCCAAUUCAGGUAGAAGUCGAAGUUGGUGAGGACAAGUUAAGGUUUGAAUUUGACAGUGGUGCAUCUGUGUCGGUAAUUUCUGAAAAGUUUUGGAGUGAACAUUUUUGUAAUUUAGCAUUAAGGUCAGACGGUAAAUGGUUGUCCAAUUAUGAUGGACAGAAAAUUGUACCAUUAGGUUAUGUCGAAGUAGAAAUUAAGUUUAAAGAUUUGCGCCAUAAGUUGAAGUUGUAUGUCAUCAGAAACGGAGGUCCACCUUUACUAGGUCGAGAUUUUUAUUACAAAUUUAAUCUGGAAUUUUUAAAUAAAAUUGAGUCCGCAAAUAAUAAUAAUGGGAGCGUCGCGGAAUUGUUAGGGCAAUUUCCGACAGUUUUUUCAGAUCAGUUAGGGUUGUUCAAUAGGAGCACCAUACGGUUAAAUAUUUCAGAAAAGGCACAGCCUAAAUUUUAUAAACCUAGGCCGUUACCGUUUGCAAUUAAAGACAAGGUGGAGCAAGAACUGGAGCGGUUAGUUAAGUUGGGAAUUUUACAACCGGUUAAUUUUAGUCAUUGGGGAACGCCUAUCGUUCCGAUCAUUAAAAAAGAUGGCACCGUACGGAUAUGUGCUGAUUAUAAAAUCACAGCAAAUUUAGCUGUAGAGGCGGAUUUGUUUCCUUUGCCUAGGAUUGAGGAAAUUUUCGCAAAAUUGAAAGGAGAAACCUUCACGAAGUUAGACCUUUCAAGAGCUUAUCAGCAAAUAGGGUUAGAUGAACAGUCAAGAGAAAUUACGACAAUUUCGACGCAUAAGGGGUUAUUUCAGUACACGCGCUUACCGUUCGGGCUAGCAUGUGCACCAUCUAAGUUUCAAAGAAUAAUGGAGACGAUUUUACAAGGGUUAGAUGGGGUGUGUUGUUUCCUCCAUGAUAUUUUGAUUACGGGAGAGAAUUUUAGCCAGCAUGUAGAGCGAGUGCACGCGGUGUUGACUAGAUUACAACAUUGCGGGUUAACCAUUGAAUUUUCGAAAUGUGCAUUUUUCCAAGAUAGGGUAACGUAUUUAGGAUACGUGAUUGACAAGACUGGGUUACAUCCUUGUGAGGAUAAGGUGAGAGAUGUCAAGAACACUCCACGACCGCAGAAUGUUAAGCAAGUGAAAGCUUUUUUAGGGUUGGUAAAUUAUUACAAUAAAUUUAUACCUAAUAAUGCGAGUCUGUUGCACCCAUUAUAUGAAUUGCUCAAGAAGGAUUCACAGUUUGUGUGGUCGGAGCAUUGCGAACGGGCUUUCGUGCAAGUAAAAGAAAUAUUGACAUCAGAUCGAGUGUUAGCGCAUUAUGAUGCGACAUUGCCAAUAGUUUUAACGACCGAUGCAUCAGAGCAUGGGGUUGCAGCUAUUAUUUCGCAUGUAGUAAAUAAUGUCGAAUAUCCAAUAGCGUUCGCUUCUCGAACGUUAUCGCGCGCGCAAAGGAAAUACAGUCAGUUAGAAAAGGAGGAUUUAGCAAUUAUAUUCGGUGUUACUAAGUUUCAUCAAUAUCUUUUUGGUCAUAAGUUUAUCAAGUCAAUGGAUAAUAAUGCCGAUGCGUUGUCGCGGUUACCAGUAGCAGACGAAUUUACGGAACCAGCUGCUGACUAUACUUAUUUUAAUUAUAUUUUUUUUAGCUCAGACCUACCCAUCGACAGUGCUUGUAUCGCGUUGGAGACUGUGCAGGACAAGGCAUUAAGUAAGGUGUUGAAAUAUAUUCAAAAAGGGUGGCCGAAACGUAUAACCAAGGAGUUAAAGGGGUACGAACAGUACAAGAAUAAUCUCACCGUAGAAGGGAAUUGUAUUUUGUUUGGUUAUAGAGUCGUGGUUCCAAAAGCGUUGCGACAUAAUAUUCUUCAGGAACUACAUAGAUCCCAUAUGGGAAUUGUGAAAACAAAAAGUUUAGCACGUUCGUACGUGUGGUGGCCUAAUAUGAGCACUCAAAUAGAAAAUUUCAUUGCAAAUUGUCCAAAUUGUUUAAAGUUGCGGGAGGCUCCUGGUUUAAGUAAACUAAUGCCAUGGUCAAUUCCAGAUUCAGUUUGGGAACGGAUACACAUAGAUUUUUUAGGGCCGAUUUUCAAUAAACAAAUUUUAAUUGUGGUGGAUGCGUACAGUAAAUGGACGGAAGCGUUUGUUAUGACAAACAUCUCAACUCAAGCAACCAUUAAUGUUUUGCGAAGUUUGUUUGCGAGGUUUGGGUUUCCCAAAACCAUUGUGUCGGAUAAUGGCAGACACCCCGCUACGAAUGGUCAGGCCGAGAAUUCUGUUAAAACGGUCAAGAGGGCGUUAUACAAAUGUUUAAAAGAUGACAAUCUUGCCAAUUUUAAUUUAGCGUUAAACAAAUUCCUUUUGGAUUAUAGAAAUACGGUUCAUUGUAUUACUGGUCAAUCACCAGCAAUGUUAAUGUUAGGUAGGAAUCUAAGAUGUAGACUAGAUUUGUUACGACCCGACACCAGGGCCGUAGAUGUUUGUAAGGCAGGCUUGCAGCAAACGUGGCGUAAAAAGCAAGCUCAGGCAGUUAAACAUUAUAAAGCACGUGAUUAUCGCCACGCCAAGCCAGCUUGGUGUGCAGGCAGCAUUGUCAAGGUGUUAGGGCCGCGCACCUAUUUAGUAGAAACAACGGAAGGUUAUGUGUGGAAACGACAUAUAAAUCAGCUGUUAGUCAAUAGGGCACUACGGAAUGUACAAGAUAAGAAUGUAGAUAUUGAGGAUAAGAACUAUGUAGAGGAUAGAAAAAUUCUUUUAGAUUGUAAGAUUGAUAAGGACGUGCAGGAUAAUCAAACAGAGUUGUCAGAAGAAAGCUCUUUAGUCACAAAGCUGAGACGUCUGCGGAGCAUGCGCUACAGCAGACAGAGCAUGAUGGCCGUCGAAAAUAGCGUUAAGUUAUAG